AUGUCAAGUCCAACAAUUUUAAAUUCACCUCUUUACCGGACAAGUUUUCACUCGUCGUCAUUGUCAUCGUCAUUGUCGUCAUCAGUAUCACCCUCUUCAUCUCCUAUUUCAAAUUUUUUAUUCUCUGAAGACUCAACUAACUAUCCAAUCAAUCAUUAUCAUAACCAGUCUCCGAUUAGCCAUCACCAUCAUCACCAUCAACAACAGCAACAACAACUUUACAAAUCAUCAUCAUUAGAUUCACCCAGCUUCAACAAUAAUAGCAACAACAACAAUAAUAGCAACAACAGUAAUAAAAUGUACAGUCCAGAGCUCCCACCAAUUUACGACCUCUCCGAUCCAUCGUCAUCGACCGAGUUUAGAAUCGGCAAGAUGAAGCCCGACGUCCAAGACGAAGACCGCAUCAAGAAGAGGCAGGUCCGUCUCUUGAAGAACCGUCAGUCCGCUGCACUCUCUCGUCACCGAAAGAAAGAAUACAUCACCAAUCUCGAGUCGAAAGCACAGGAACUGCACUUGGUCACACACGAACUCCGCCAGAGUGCUUCCACACUGACCCGCCACCACUACGAGGCAACCACCCACCUCGACGAAAUGGAGCAAGCCUUCAAGCAGAUCUCCAUACACAACGAAUUACUUCAAAAGCGAAUCGACGAAAUUUUAAUCACCACAACAACCACCGCACCAUCAUCAUCAACUACUUCCACCGCCACCACACCAACUCUCGAAAAACCAAAUAAUAACGCAACAUCCAUUAGUAACACAUUCUCUGUUCAAACACCACAACAAACAAGAAGAUUCAACGAUGAAAUUGUAAUUGGAAUGAAUAAGAUGAAUUGUAAUAAUAAUAAUAAUAAUAGUAAAAAUAAUAAUAAUAGUAAUAGUAAUAAUAAUAUUUCAGAGAAUAAUAAUAAUAAUAAUAGUCAUCAAGUUUCGGGAUUUAAUCAACCAUUCCUUAGUAUUUCAAAUCCAAAUGUAAAUUCAUCACCUGCUUAUCUUACACGUGCAAGAUCAUCUUCUUAUCACCCAGCACCAAUGGAGAGUAGCGCAACACCCAACCAAAGUUCAACAUUUUCACCAGAUUCAUCACCUCUGCUGCCGUCUCUUCAUCACAUCGCUAAAAAUAUUAAUGGACAAGUCUCCCCAAUGCCAACACGUAACUCUACCAACCUAUCAUCGUCACCAACUAGAAAGAAUCUUCUUGGUUAUCAUCAUUUCCAUCUUAACACUGCCAAUAAUUAA